UAUCGGAAUACGGUGUGUGAAACAAAAAACCCGAGUGCUGUAGUCUCUAUUCGUAGAACAUGUCAACAGUCAAAACUAACUAAUAAACUACGGCUCGUUUUUUGUUUUAAAUCGAACUUUAGAUAAUCUGCUAGGUGUUUUGUUUUGAAUCUGCGUCUUUAAACCAGAUGUUCUACCGAAAUGACAACAACAGUGUGGAUAAUCCUGGCCGUCACUCUGCUCUCUUAUCGGAGCGAGUGCCACGAGGCCGUCCUGCACGUUUCUGAUUGGAUCCUUCAAAAGGAGUACUGUCUCGUUUACAACGCAUCAUGGUCCAACAUCUCCAGCUCUCUUACUGAUGCUGCGCGGUACAGGCUGGUGAACAAGACGUCGACCACGCUGUGUGAUGUGAGCGGAGUAGAGCCAGGCUCGCUGAAGGGCGUGGCGGUGUGUGUGAUGCGAGGAGGCUGUGGCUUCAGUCAGAAAGCUCAGGUGGCUCAGCAGCUCGGAGCCGCAGUUCUUCUCAUCGCCAGCAAAGAGGCCAUGAGGACUCCCUCAGCCAAUGACAGCGAGUACGAUAAAGUGACCAUUCCUCUGGCGCUCAUGAGGUACCGCGACUUCCUGGAUAUGCAAACGGUGUUUACAGAUAAGAUGGAGGUGCAGCUGUAUGCUCCGCCCACCGCUGAAUUUGACGCCAGCAUCAUCAUCAUGCUCGUGAUUGCCGUCUUCACCGUGGCUAUGGGCGGCUUCUGGAGCGGGGCCGCUGAGAAGGAAAAGCAGAGUGUGACGGUGCUUUCUGCAGGAGAGGAGCGAUCAGACAGCGGGGAUCUUACACUCUACUCCCCAUUGAAGGUGCUGCUGUUCGUCGUGCUCAUGUGUGUGAUGCUCGUCCUCAUGUACUUCUUCUACAGGUACCUCGUGUAUGUGAUCAUCGCCAUCUUCUGCCUGGCCUCGGCUACUGGACUCUACAGCUGCCUCGAGGCACUCCUGAAUGCAGUGGGGUGCAGUAAGUUCAGUGUGUCGUGUGGGGAGAAGAGCUGCUCUGUGAGGAAUCUGCUGCUUGGUGCUGUGUGCAUCACUCUGGCUGUGGUUUGGGGUGUGUACCGAAAUGAGGACAGGUGGAUCUGGAUCCUGCAGGACGUGCUCGGGAUUGCUUUCUGUCUAAACUUCAUGAAGACCAUCACACUGUCUAAUUACAAGAUCUGUGUGAUCCUGCUCAGCCUGCUGCUCGUUUAUGACGUCUUCUUCGUCUUCAUCACGCCGUUCCUCACACCUAAUGGAGAGAGUAUAAUGGUGCAAGUCGCUCUCGGCCCUGGUGCUGGAGGAGAAAAGGGCAGUGGUGAUGUGAUGGUUCCAGCAGAUCCCACACCCACAUAUGAGAAAUUGCCCGUGGUGAUGCGUAUUCCACGGUUUGCGGCAUGGGCUGAGAACCUGUGUGAGAUGCAGUUCUCCAUCCUCGGAUAUGGUGACAUCAUCAUUCCAGGUCUGUUGGUGGCGUACUGUCACCGAUUUGAUGUUUGGACUGGCAGCUCGAACAGAAUCUACUACGUCUCCUGUGCUGUUGCGUACACUCUGGGUCUGGUGUUGACCUUCGUGGUGAUGUUGUUGUCUAAGAUGGGUCAGCCAGCUCUGCUGUACUUGGUCCCGUUCACUCUGCUCACCAGCGGCCUGCUCGCCUGGAAGCGCAAAGAGUUCAAACAGUUCUGGGCCGGAACCACCUACCAGGUGUUGGACUCAUCCAGGGAACCUUUAAUACCAGAUGGAGAUGCUGAAUAUUCCAGCGCAGUGAGGAAGUGCUGAUCGGCUGGAUUUAGACGCGUGUGUGAGUGCGUGAGUGUGUGUGUGUGUGUGUGUGUGUGUGUGUGUGUGUGCGUGUGCGUGCGAGCGUGUGUGUGUGUGCUGAGCACUUUAAGCCCUGUGAUUGGCUUUAUCAGGACCAAUACAGUCUUAUCGCUCUCUCUUUAAUAAACAACUUUAAUAUCUAUUUUCAAAAAGGCCUUAAUCACUGCCUCAGGCUCCGCCCACAACGCACGUCGACACGUGAUCAAAUUGUUUUACAGACAGUGUAAAGACACGGUGACCGUGGAAACGAACCUGAAACAUCCAAAACAUCAACAUUUCCCUCAAAAUGCGUUGGAAAAUUAGUAAGAAAAAUAUUUUCACUCAGAAAAAGUAAUCGAUUACAGAUGAGUAAUUAGUGCUUUAAAACUGUAAUCUGAUGACAUUACUCAUUACUGCAUGUAGAAAUGAAUCAGAUUACUCAUUACCUUACCUUCACAUUACACAUUACACAUUACAUAACCAUCAAACCUACAAAAUACACUACACAGUGGAACUCGGUUCUUUCAGUAAUUUUAGCGUCAGCAUCAGUCUGAUUUAUAAUAAAACCUUCCUCGGGUGUGUCAGUGUGUGUAGAACAAACAGAGCGAUAAAAUAUCAAACUUUUCUAACUAGGCUAGUCUGGUGUCGCUAGCCGAGGGGGGACACGGCUAAGCUAUCACUGUAUGGGUUUAUCUGCUACAGAGUCAUGUAGAGUUCAUUAUCUUUCCUUCUGCUCUGCUCACGUCAUGUUCACGUGAACUGGAACUCAUAUAGACGUUUACACGCCUUGGUCUCCUGCUCAACAUCAGAGGAUGAUUCUGUUUCAGUCUCAACACCUUUACUGCUUUAAAUAAAUAAAUAAAUAAAUAAAUAAAUCGGCGUAUAUCCAUUUCCCCUCACACUGACUGAGCUAGCGUUUGGUAGACUUGAGAGACCGUCAGCCAAUAAGACGCGAGUAUUUCCACGUAUUUCCCUGUAAACCCGUCUGAUUCUGACAGGGUGUUCAGUUUUAACACACCUGCGUGUCUAGUUACAUUCUGUGGUGCUUUCAACACAAUCGGCGUGUUAGUGCGUCUAACACAUGCUGUGUGUUAAACACCACCACAGAUAACGCAGACGUGUUGUUUCGACUUUUUCCCCCUACGAUUAUCCUAAAAUGCAGUUUGUUGGUGUGCUAAAAUUCUACUGAAAUACUCUCAAAAUAAACAAACAAUAACAUGAAGUUCAGGUGACAUUAAUUAAAAUCAUCAAAACGUUUGACCGAUGUAAGAAUCGGACUCGACGCGUCCUCCCACAGACUGAUCGGACAGUAAUUUAUUACGUUUAUUUGACUUGUGUGAAAUUGUUUUUCAUUUCGAACACAUCUACUGGAUAAUUGAACACAGCAGGUGUUGAAACAGUAAUAACACAGAAAGUGUGCAGGAUAUGAUUUUCUGAGCAGGAGUUUCUGAACCCAGCGUAUCUGUGACAUCAUGAGGUUAUUAGUCUGAUUUCCCGCGCCACCUGUCCCACCGGUGAGCACACAGCACCGCGAGGUGCUAGCGUCUCCAUGUGUAACCACCGCACGAUCACGUGUUGAUGCGAGGUGUAAACCCGGGCCUGUGGGUUUUUUUUUUAAAGAAAUAACGAUUUCAGUGUUUCUGUAUUCAAUCAAGUCUUCAUUCGUGUGUUCUUUUCAUGCCUUAAAUUAAAGACGGAAUGUCUGCUGAUGCCAGUAAUACGUUUGCUGUGACGUUUAAUUUGCGAUAUAAUGAGGCUGUUUGACAGAUAAAUGCCAUAAAAGCACAGUACUGUCUGAAUUCUUACUUUUACUGUCUGAGCGGUUUUAUUUUCUGAUUUAUACUGACUCUUAACUCCACCGCUCUAGAGUUCAACGGAGGUUUGGACGACUAAACACCUUCGUGAAGCACAAAUUCAGACGAAGCAUGUAAAGAGGGGUGUAAACUUUUGAACAUGUUGUAAAAAAUAAAACUGCUGACUGAGA